GAGGUCGCAGCCGCCUCGGUUUCUUGGUCCCUCUCUAGGGUUAGGGUUAGGGUUUGGGUUUGGUGUCCCAUCUGAUCGAUCCGCAAUGGAGAGCAAAAGGGGGGAGGAGGAGGAGAUGACAAUCACUUUGAAGUGCUUGCCUGGGGGUGUUGAAGUGGUGCUGUCGCCAGAGAAUGCCGAAGCAGUGGCUAAGGAGUCACUGAAGAUAUGGGAGAUGAUCAACAGCGGCGAGAAGGAGGCUGGAUUCCGCGUGGGAGAGGGGGUCCUUCGUAAGGCGAUGGAAUACUGUUACGAGCACGGCCGGCGCAAGAGUUAUACUCUUGUCGAUUUCAUGUACGGGGGCCAGUAUUAUCCUCCACACGAGCACCCGGCCGAGUAUGAAGCGAAUAAGGCCGUGGAUGAGGGUCUGAGGGAUUGGGAUAAUGAUUUUAUUCGUGGUUGCGACACGGAAACCGUCUUAGAGCUCAUAACUGCUACAGAUCAUCUGGAGAUCAUCGGGUUAUCAGAUCUGGUUUGCCAAUCUGUAGUGGACAUGACGAUUGGCGACGCGAUGAUCGGGGAGACAGACAUGAUUCAGAAGAUAUUCAAAGUCAAAUUUGACAUGAUGCCGAAUGAACUAGAAGAGGAAGAUAACGAGAACAGAUUAAUGCUGCUUAAUAAAUCAGUGCUGAAGGAGUCCAAUGUGGAUAGCUUGCUCGAGUUGAUUGAUUUUAUCUUUCCACCACCAACAUAUUCACCUAGAUAAUUUAUGUCACGCGUAUUCCUGCUUGAAGGAUUUACAUGAUGGUUGAAAUCAAGUCUUGCAAUGACCGGUUUAUGUAGGCCGAUUGAUCAGGAUAUGACCUAGAGGUUUCAUAUGUUUCUUUUCACUUUAGUUUUCUUGGAUUUGAUUGGUGGUGGUGCAUAAAUUCUGUUGAUAGCCGUUACCUGAUGAUUCUCUAUUUGUAUUCUUCCUCCUUAGUUUAUUAUUUACAAUAUAACCUAUGCUUACACCUA